AUGGGGCAGACAGCUGGAGGAGGCGAGCUGGCCUCGCAGGAUGGACGGGUCCCGGUUUCCUGGAGGAACCGAGUGCUGAAGAGCCCGCAGCACCCAGGUGGGAGCCAGAAAGCUUUCCUGUGCCACCUGGCAGAGCAGAUGCAGGUAAGACAGACCUGGGGCUCGAGCAAGUGGCUGGGGGGUGGGUACGAGCCUGGGAGGGUGCCCGAGGGCCACCGAGACCGGGCCGCAGGCCAGGGCGCUGCCCGACCGGCAGUCACGAGGACUGAGGCUGUGCCCAGGUCCUGGUGUCGGCCAGCCCCACGGGCCACUGCCCACCUUUCAGGCCUGCAGAGGUGCUCCGUAUCCCUCCCCAGGAUGCUGCUGCCAGAGGGGCACUCAGCCUCUGAAGAGGCCUCGGCCACUGGGCCCCAGCACGGUGACUGCGUCGUCUGCUACUCGGCCUAUGACCUCGCCGGGCACCUGCCCCGCCGCCUCUAUUGCGGCCACACUGUCUGCCAGGCGUGCGUGCGGCGGCUGGCUGCACCGGCCCCCGAGCAGCGCUGGGUCCCCUGCCCGCAGUGCCGCCAGAGCACGCCCGUGCCCCGUGGAGGGGUGGCCAUGCUGGACCUCGACCUGGCCGCCUUCCUGGCCAUCAGGGCCCGGCGGGGGCCGUCUCGCCUGGAGCCGCAUCCUCCCGGGCCCCGCAAGGGCAGCCCCACUGUUACUCAGCAACCGGCCAGGCUCCUCCCCGCGUCGGGCCCCCUGCCCCGCUUCCCCCAGCCCGGAGGCUGCUGCCUGGCCUGCCGCAGCCUCUGCUGGGAUCCCCCAGGCAGCCCCCAGCUCUGA